AUGCCUGUGGAGGUUGGCCAGAGGAAGUCGUCCGUGAAUGUUUUUGUCAGCCCUAGCUACAUGAAAUAUUAAGGCAUUUCACGGAGCCUGUGAGCUAACUGCAAACGUGCCUAUCCGGAUGAAUUUAAUAAUCAUGUCCGUUUUAUAAAUACGCCGUUCAAAACGCAAUCAUCUAGCUACCGAGGUAGCCCUUCAGCCGCUCGUGCUGAAGAUAGGAGUCAGACGGUGGAUUUUCAAGAAAGGGCGUAAUCGAAUCAGAACAAUCAGUUGUUGAAUUUGGAUUUGAAUUUGAAGUCAUCAUGAAGUUUGCACAGUUUUUGUUGAAGAAUAGCGCCAAGACAAACAUACCAAAACAAGUCGAUAGAUUUUCGAAGUUCUCUCCUUCACCGCUGUCAAUGAAACAGUUCAUUGAUUUUGGGUCCGCCAAUGCUUGUGAGAAGACUUCCUUCGUUUUUUUGCGCCAAGAACUGCCUGUCAGGUUGGCAAAUAUCAUGAAAGAGAUAGACUUCCUUCCUGACAAACUCCUUGGUACCCCAUCUCUUCAGCUCCUGCAAAGCUGGUAUGCACAGUCUCUCAUGGAAAUAGUGGAUUUCCUGGAGAAGGAUCCAGAAGAUAAAAAGGUCCUGACAAAAUUUACAGAAACACUCAUCAACGUUCGGAACCGACACAACAAUGUGGUUCCCACUAUGGCCCAGGGGGUCGUUGAGUACAAGGAGGCAUUCGGAGUGGACCCAGUGACCAAUCAGAAUGUCCAGUACUUCCUGGAUCGGUUCUACAUGAGCCGCAUCUCAACCCGGAUGCUCAUGAACCAGCACACUCUUAUAUUUGAUGGAAGUACCAACCCUGCCCAUCCUAAACACAUUGGAAGUAUUGAUCCCAACUGCGAUGUGGUUGGGGUUGUAAAAGACGCGUACGAGAGUGCCAAGAUGCUGUGUGACCAGUACUACCUGACAUCCCCCGAAGUGGAAAUCAAGCAAGUCAACUCUAAAGGGCCUGAGCUUCCUCUGCAUAUUGUUUAUGUUCCUUCACACCUGUAUCAUAUGUUAUUCGAACUCUUUAAGAAUGCAAUGAGGGCGACAGUUGAGGCACAUGAGACUAGUCUGACUCUUCCCCCAAUAAAACUACUGGUUUCACUGGGAAGCGAAGACCUGACAAUAAAGAUGGCGGACAGAGGCGGCGGCGUCCCUCUGAGGAAAAUCGAGCGGCUCUUCAGUUACAUGUACUCGACCGCUCCCAGCCCUGUGAUUGGCGACGCUCGCAAUGCCCCCCUGGCCGGCUUCGGUUACGGGCUUCCGAUUUCCCGUCUGUACGCCAAGUAUUUCCAGGGGGACCUGCAGCUGUAUUCCAUGGAGGGCUACGGAACGGCAGCUGUCAUUUACCUGAAGGCCUUGUCCUCAGAGUCCGUGGAGCGGCUGCCCGUGUUCAACAAGUCUGCCUUAAGGCAUUACCAGACGAGCAUCGAGGCUGACGACUGGUGCAUCCCCAGCAGCGAUCCCAAGAAACUGGGGAAGUACGAGUACAGCGUUUAAGACUGAGAGAGAAGCUGAGCGCGGAGAGACGGACCGGAGUUCCUACGUAGCAAGGCCAGCAGAUCAAACUCCUAACUGGGGGGGGGGGUAAAACAAACGAAACAUUUCUCCAUUGUUUUCAGCACCCAUGAAGGAAAAGUCGGUUUCACAAUGGAAGCUUCACACCAUUUCCGUGUAGAGUAGCAACAGGCUUGGCUAGCAGUAUUCAAAGGAACCCCAGGAGUCAUCUCUCAGGACUGAUUUCAUGAAUGUUGGUUUGUAAGAGGGCAUUUGCAAUUCUAGACCGAACUGCUGACGUACAUUUCAAUUAGUAUAUUCUAGGUGCAUAUACAUGUUUGUGCAUGUAUACAUGCAUAUGCACUGACAAGGAAGAGAAAGUUAAUUUGUUCUUAGGACACAGUAUCUUUUGAGUUUUACUAACUGAACUUCUCAGUUUUAUUUUUGUUGAGUUUUUUAUACUCCUUUCACUACAUAAUAAGGUAUUCCAUUAGGGCAGAGGCUUUAUUAGACACAACAUGACACUGAAAAUAAUACUGGAUCCUCUGAACUCCAUAUUAGCAUUGAUGGGCUUCUCUGGUUAUAAAGCCUUAUAAGCUGUUAUAAAAGUGGGAUGUGCCCUUUUCUUAAGUUUUAUUUUAGUUGAAGGAUUUUAUAUUACUAAUUUUCAACAAAAAGAAUAACUAAACCACAUAUAAGCUAUUGCAAUAAUGUUGUUCAAAAUGUGUUAUACGUUUUUUUAAACCACAUCCCACCUUUAAUUCUUACUUAGAGGGUAAAUAUAUAUAUAUAUUUUUUUUUUAUGUGGCUUGAAGUGUCUUGACACCAUUUUAAACUUUUUUUUUCUCAACCAUUUGGAAGGAAAUUGGUAGCGGUAUGUGAUGUUUUUAGUUUCCUUGAGGAUUGAAAAUUGAACCGAGAACUGGGUCUUUACAACUUUACAACUUCCUGCAACCUCAAAUGUAAUACAUUCACUACAGUUGCAGUCAUCUGUUGAAAUAAUUUAUGAUAAGGCGCUAAUUUGACCUUGCCAACUAAAUUUCUUUGCAGCAGGACAGCACAGUAUAACCGGAGAGUAUGACUGUACAGGCUGUAAAACUCAUCCGUGCUACCUCAUAGUAUUGUUAAAUAUCCAACGCUCAACCUGCUCAGUGAUUAUUUAAGGAAGUGUUAUGUUUUGUUGUCUGUCUAAACAAGAGAUUCAGACUGCCAAAUUCAAUAAAUGCUUAAAUUUUUUGCUCAAAACCACAGUUAUUAAACCAGCAAACACCCAUAGACCUUACCGGCAAACUAAACUGUUUGCAAUUUAGAGAUGUGGGCAGAUGUGUAACCCCCCCCCCCCCCAUACAGUGUGGAUGUAGACAUAGUUUUUAGUACUAAAAUGAAAAAGGAUUCAACCGUGGCAAGAAGCCACUGCUCCCAAGACCACUUUGUGCUGUGAUAGAAUUUCCCUGUAUUAGAAUUUCCCCUUACAGUACUGUAUUAGUUUUAAAAAAAUGUUGUCUUUCCUGUCAGCUGUGUGGCCAGAAGAUUCAUACAAUGCUGGCAGCAGUAGAUAUACCAGAGAAACCCGAUGAAAUGGUGUUCAGUAUGAACAGUAUCAACCAGUGCAUGGCUGCGAUGCCUCCUAUCCUGCCAUUACACACACUGCUAAUACAAGUACUGUUAUUUAGUAUUACUUGUUUUAUUGUAGUUAGCCAUAGUAAUUGUAUAAAAACAAGGUGUACACGAACCAACCUUUAAUUCCACAGUUAUGUUUUUAAUUAGGAGUAUUUUUAAUGAGCGUUUUAACCAAUGGUUUGAGACUAAAAAGACCUCUUUAACACUGUGAAGUGCCAACACAUUUAUUUUUAAUUUUGCAUGUCGGUGGUGGAUAGUGUUUUUCGUUUUUUAAAUCCCGGUGUUCUCAGGACUAAGGUGUAUGAUCCGUCCAUCCUCAGAAGGCCUUGCCCAUUUAUAAGAACACCGAUACAAAUAUAUGGAUGUGAAGCCAGGAUGACUACAGUUGUGCCGGAUCAAUGCAUCCCUUGCACAUGUGAGGUAAACGCAAGUAAACACAGGCAAUAGUGCUGUCUCUAGUGAACCGCAUUCAGCUAGUUCCAGGGUCACUUUUGAGCAAUGUGAAAAGAAACUUCUUGCCUUUAUCUUGCUAUUCCCUCAUUAAGCCUUAACUAAACGAUGCUGAUUUUCACAUGUGCUGUCUGUAGCAGUGAGUCGGCAGACUACCCUUUCUCUCUCUUGCUGCUUGGGCAACAGUGCAACACUUGAGGAGGUUGAGGAGCUGAGCUUGUAGCUAGAAUGUCGACGGGUCGAAUCGGGGGGGGCACUGUCGUCGUGACCCUGAGUAAGUAAAUUUAAGCUGUUAAGCUGUUCCUGUAGACAUCCCUGUGGUGCGAAUGAAUGAUGUGAGAAAUGUGGCAGCAGGUUGGGCUUAAUUUGCGUAUGUGAUGGCAUAUAGGCUUAUAAAUCAUGGGAAAGUUUGCGUGCAGGUGCGGCUGGUUAAUCGCUUACCUUGGAUUUGAACCUGAAGCAUCAUCCGCUCCUCCACGUCCGCACGGUACCUCACGCCUCACCUUUCCCGUACGAUUCCUAGGACCCCAGUGCUGCUUACACGGUUCCCUUAUGAAACUUAACACGGUGCAGAAUGUCGCAGUGGACGGUGGCGUACUGUCAACACCAACCUUGCCUGUACAUUUAAUGGAAACUUGAGUUGGGUGUAUGAGCAUGGACUGUGGAAGCUACUCUGAGAUGAAGGAUUUUUUUUUUGUUUGUAUUUAUCUUUCACCUUAGCCUUCCUGCUUCAUUUUGUGUUUGUGUGUGUGCGUGUGGAUUCCCUAUUUCCUCCUAGCUGGUCUAAAAGCCUGCUGCUGUAUUGGCAGCUACUGUAUGUCCUUUCCCAUUAAACCUGCAAUAAAGGGUAAACAGUCUCA